CAUAGCAGCCCACAUCUGGGAAUGGCAGACGACGAUCCUAUUGUGCUGUAUCAGCACCCCCCAGGGUGGGGACUGGCUUCGCGCGACGCCGCAUGUUUGGCAGUACAGACCGCACUCAAGCUCGCAAGAUUGCCGUUCACUGUUAACAAUGCUGGUAAUACGGCUGUUUCGCCCACAGGCGAGCUCCCUCUGCUCUGCGCGGGUGAGGAGCUGUUCUCGGGAUUCGGACCGUGCUUGGCAUAUAUUCGCAAUCGGGACACCAGUGACGUUUUCAACGCACUGACUGACGAAGAAGGAGCCUCGGCCAAAGCCUUCAUGUCACUCGUACAAGUUGAGCUCCAGUAUGCCAAGAUCUAUUGGUACUGGUUUGAAGAGGACAACUACACUGCAGUGACCCAUCCCCGCUUUGCAUCCCGCUUUGCUUGGCCAUUGAAUAUCUUUUUGGCUUGGCGGCAACAACGCGACUAUCACGCCUUGCUCUCGACCAAGUUUGAGCAAGUGUCUGCAGAGAAGAUUUAUGCUGCAGCUUCAACCGCACUAGACGCGCUUUCCGCACGACUGGGCGACAGUGACUGGUUCUUUGCAAGCCCGAGCGCCCUCGAUUGCUGUGUAGCAGCCUAUGUCAGCGAAAUCCUCGGCGCAGGGUCGGAGCUGCCGACACCAGCCCUCGCAACAAUCGUUCGUGGGCACCCAACGCUCGUCGCCCAUGCCCAACGCGUGCUUGCCCAACUUGAAUGACCGAAAUGUCGACACAUUUUUAUUCUGUAUUCUGUGCCCUGUUUGUGCUGUUUUGUUCGUUGUUGUGUUGGUUUGGGUGCGCCCCGACCUUCCCGCCCACUUUGUGACUUUUGUUGCCCUUGAUUAAACAACAACCUGAGCCAGCCAACCAGACGC